GUAUGACCUGGCAGCUUUCCCAAAGCGUACCGUAACUGGUAUCUUCAAGCAUAUGCGCAUUUUGCAGUCAUGUGGUUGUCAUAACUCGCUGUAAAAGCAACAAAAAAAUCCCACUUCAUUUGGAACUGAAAUCUUAAUUUACACGGUUUUUUUGUGGGUCAUUUUCCGUUCUGGGUAUGCUUUUACGUCGAAUCAAUAUGGCUUUUAAUUCAAAGUCAAAAUGGCGAAAGAUUUCUGGGGACAGCAACGAUGGUUCAUCCGUUAGAAAUGCGCUUAUUUCCGACGCGGAACCCGAGCUGUGUCUUAAGCUUCUAGAAACACCGUCGCUUAAGAACUUUUCAGGACUACGACCACGUCUUGAGAAAGCAAGCAAGGAAUGGCUAAGCGAAUUUUUAAACCUUGGAGGAAUGAGCUGUUUGUUAGAUGGUCUCUCAUCUUUAUCAUCUGCGAACAAGCAGAACCGUUUCAUGGAGGCCCUUGAUCAAAUCGAAUGCGUUCGUUGUAUUAAAGCUGUAAUGAAUUCGCCAGCCGGUUUGGCUGUUAUGACUUCGAGCAAAGAAUUGACCAGAUCUUUGGUAGAAGCACUCGAUACAAACAACACAAUGAUAAAGAAACAAGUAUUUGAACUCCUCUCCGCUCUGUGCCUUUAUUCCAGCCAAGGACACCAACUUGCGAUUGACGCUCUUGAGAAUUACAAGCUCACCAAGGGUCAGCGGUACAGAUUUAGUCUGAUCAUCAAUGAGCUCAAAAAUGCAGAAGUUAUGCCAUACAUGACCACGUGUUUAGCCUUUAUCAACACUAUACUCAUCGCCACAGAAGACUUUGAAGAACGAGUCCGCCUGAGGAACGAAUUUGCUGGGCUAGGACUCUUGGAUAUCCUUAGUAAUUUGAGGCACAACGAUGACGAAGAGUUGCUGGUUCAACUCGAUGUGUUUGAAGAACAAAGACUGGAGGAUGAAGAUGAGCUCAACUCCCCUGAGGGAGUUAAUCUCACGUCUCACUUGGACGUAUUUCACGCCCUGUUUAGAAAGGUGAGCAACAAACCUCAAGGAAUAAACCUGUUAAGUAUCCUACAAAACCUGCUUUUGAUCGAGGACGACUCACCUGUGUCGGAUUCGGUUUGGGAAGUGAUCGAGAAACUUGUAAAACGAGCUGUGAACAUCGACAGUCGUAAUCGAGUGGAGUCAAUCCUAGAGGAGGGUGAGAAGCAAUUUACCAGUUUACAGCAUGGAGGUUCAUCCAGAAGGGGAGAAAACAACACGCAGAGUGAUUCUCCUGAUGAAAACUUGGCCCAUCGAAUGUCUGUGGCACAGCAAUCGUCGGAAGAUGUGCGUUCGGCUUCUGUGCGUUCUGUCUUUGACAAUGACCCCACUUCGACUCCUGCUGUGACUAACGGAGUUCAUGAGGAAGUACAGGCUUCCUCCACGGGAGCAACAUUAGAGGAAGCGACGAUGACAUUUGAAGAUGAAGAAGUAACUCCAGUUUCUGUCAAUAUUCUUGAAGGUAUCAUUCAGAAUAACAAGGAAAAAGAGAGGCGAUCAUCCAGUCCAGACCUUAUGUUGGACCUUGAAAGUGUAGCAAAUGAACUCAGCUUAAACGAUCCUCCCCCGGCUCCUCCUCCACCGCCCCUACCUGGACAAUCAAAUGGUGAAGAAUUUCAGAUAGCUAUGAAUCACGCAGAAACAACUGAAAGCGCACCUCCACUGCCAGGGCAAGAUGAGAGUUUUCCGUACGGGAGACCAGUUACUCCUCCAUCGGCAGGAGCAUCAACCAUUCCUCCGCCGCCUCCUCCUCCGCCCCCUGUGAUAGGAGGAGGUGAGAUACCUCCAUCUCCUCUUCCAGGAAUGAAUGUGCCACCACCGCCUCUUCCAGGAAUGGGUGGAAUACCCCCUCCUCCUCCUCUACCGGGAAUAGCUGGAAUACCUCCUCCUCCUCCUCUACCGGGAAUGGGUGGCGUACCUCCCCCUCCACCUGUUCCAGGAAUGACUGGGGUACCGCCACCGCCCCCAUUACCUGGAAUAGGAGGAAUACCUCCGCCUCCACCUCUACCAGGAAUGGGUGGGGUGCCACCACCACCCCCUUUACCUGGAAUGGGGGGAGUUCCUCCACCGCCGCCACUUCCAGGGAUGGCUGGAGCACCCCCACCACCCCCUUUACCUGGAAUGGGGGGAGUUCCUCCACCGCCACCACCUCCAGGAAUGGGUGUAGCACCCCCGCCUCCCCCUUUACCUGGAAUGGGUGGAGUACCUCCUCCACCACCACCUCCGGGAGCGGGGGGAGCUCCCCCUCCGCCUCCUCUGGGUGGAUUUGGAGUCAAUCGAGUUUACCAGCAGCCCGUCCAACGAAGUUACAGCUGUCCGCUCGUCCCUCCGGUGAAACCCAAGAGUAAGAUGCGAUCCUUGGCGUGGCAGAAGCUUCCUCCGCACGUGAUCCAGAGGAGUAAGACGUGUGUUUGGGCACGUGUCAUGGCGCUGGAAGUAGUACAGCCUGAUUUUCAUCUGGAAGAAGAGUGGUUUUGUCAAAAGAAGACGGGCGCAGCAAAGAAGACAGAGACUAAAAAGAAGGAACCGUCAGAGGUCAAAUGAAGAGAUUGUUGGAUUGAUUCAAAACGGGAACAGUAAAGCUUUCGAUGUCGAUGUCCUGAAAUCGUUCAUCAAACUCCUACCAGAUAACACAGAGAAAGAAAUGCUGAAAGGAUUCUCUGGCGAUAAAACUCAGCUGGGAUCGGCUGAGAAAUUUCUGUUGGCUCUGGUCUCUAUUCCUGGGUACAACCUUCGUCUUGAAGCCAUGUUACAAAAAGAGGAGUUCCAGAUUACAGUUGAAACAAUUGAACCGAGUAUAGAGUCUUUGAAAGGAGCAAUACAAGAUAUCCUCAACAGUGAAAUUCUACCAGAAGUUCUUCAGCUGAUUUUGAUCAUUGGCAAUUUUCUGAACUCGGGAGGGUACGCCGGGAAUGCUGUGGCUUUUAAGAUCAACUCUCUCCUGAAGAUUGUGGACACGAGAGCAAACAAACCUCGUAUGACCCUUAUGAACUUCUUAGUACAUGUUGCUGAUGAGAAACGCGAGAAAGUAUUGAAGUUUCCUGAAGACAUGAAACAUCUUGACAAAGCUGUUAAGUUAUCAGUGGACAACCUCACUGGAGAAGUGGCAGGUCUCAAAAACAAACUCAAAAGCCUAGAGAAAGAUAUGAAAAAUGGACCGAAAGAGAUCUCCACUCAAUUUUCUGAAUUCAUUCAGAGCGCUUUAGAGAAGGCGAAGCAGCUUGAGGAAGGCAUCGUCGAAAUCCACAGCCUCACCAAACAACUGGCGAUGUAUUUUUGCGAGGACGAGGGAAAGUUAAAACUGCAGGAGUUAUUGUCUUUGUUCAAGACCUUUUGUGAUCAGCUUGACAAAGCUAAAAAGGAAAACAAACAAUUUCGCAUCCAAGAAGAGAAACGCAAGGCACGUGAGAAAAAGAAAGCUGAAGAAGCGGCUAGAAACGCCCAAGCAGGAGGCAAAGUAAAGACCAAACCGCGGCCGUUAGACGAGGAACAAGAAGGGUGUAUUGUGGACCGAUUGCUGAGUGACAUCAGGAAAGGCUUUCCCCUGCGGAAGCUUUCCAGGGGGAUAUCCUCCGGGGGCGGCAAAUCAGCAUCGCCCACGAGGCCUAAACGGAGCCGCGAAGAAGGAGGUGAACACGUGUUCGUUAUUCCGGAAGAACCCGAAGAUGAUAAAAAGCAAGUCAAAACAAAAGGAGUGCUGAGUGAAAUCGUUGAUGCGGCGGACAAAUCUGUACUGAAAAAAGACCAGCUCGAAACCAAAGAAGAGAUAUUAAAUCGUAGAUUUUUUAACCCUGUCAGUGAGACAAAGAUAUCAGAGGCUGGGGUCGAAGUCGAAACAUUGAAAGGAGACCCAGCAGAUGUUACCAAGGUUAGUACAUCUAACGCACGUGAAAACAGGGACGUAUCCGAAAUGAAAAAAAGAAAAUCUAGUGAGGACGUGUCUGCCACUCAAAUCGAAGAGGAAUUAAAUAAAGAAUCAAAGAGGAUUAAAUCUUUUGGACAGUCUCUCGAGAGUAGAAAUGCUGACAAAACUGCCUGCCACAAAAGUGGCGAACUGCCAGCCUUGAAUGGAGUUUAUGAAGAUGUUUCGUCUGACGUAACUCCUGCAAAAGUUCUGAAUGAUACAAAACCUGAGCUUGUCACUGUAAGAGAAGGGUACAGUUUAGCUGCACCGAAACAAAAGGUUUUGUCUUCUAUGAAAAACCAUGACGAUAGAAGAUUGAACGGUACUGUGUCAAAUUCAGAGACUCCUGAGCAACAGGAAAAUCGUGCUAAACAAAAUAUUAAGAAUGACGGUCGUGUUUCUGGUGUGUCUCCAUUGGAGACGGAAACGAAUGAAAAAAGCGCUCAAGUGCUUCAGUCGAAAUCCGCCGCCGUGGUAAGCACAACAUCAGCUUCUAAAGCAGACGAUUCAGCAAGAAAACUUCAAACACCGGCGCAUUUAUCUCCAAUUCUCAUAACGCUUGAUCAGUCGAAGGAUGAAAAAGAACCUACAUUGAAUAGUUCAAACAUUCCCCAAGAGAAUGAAAAGGGAAAAGCCGGGCGAGAUUUCGCAGGAGAAAUAAUUCAACCAGUGCGAAACAAAACACCUUCUGAAAAUGGCGGGAAAACUUUCAUUGCCCGUCAAUCUGAAAGCGGUAAGCAAUUACGUGAUAAUAGCCUAAAGGUUCUCAAUCUUCCCCAAAACGGAGAUCUGGGUUCGAGCAGCAGAAGUGAGGAAAAACGAAACGAUGAAAGAUGUGAAAGAAGUGGAGAGAAAGAGGGGAACAGACAAACUGGGUUUAAGGACAAACACCAUCGAGGCGUUUUCCUAUCUGUUUCUGUCGGACAGGACAAUAGUCUAAAUGUAGGGGUCGAUGAAACACCCGAACCUUUGAACGAACCAAAUGGAAGCAAAAGAGAAGGACUCUCCCGUGAAGGAUCUGACAAACGACGGAGAUUGAGUGAGGCUGACCUUAAUCUCCGCCCGCUGAGUCCUGUGAUGGAAGAUGGAGAAUCUGAUAACCAACUAUUAAAUCCUUCUGCUGGACGGACAGCGAAAGUGAAGAAAAGCAAAUCGUUCGUGGCUCGUGGGUUUUCAAAAAUGUUCGGAAGUAAGCGAAAACAUAAAGUGGACAAAGGUGCUAAGGAGAAUUCCUUCUCAUCCGAAUGUGAAAGUCAGAGGACUCAGGCGGAGUUUGAUCGGAACGAGAAUCGCGGCGAGACGAAGGAGAAUACAAAAAAGAAAAAGAAGAAGGUAGAGGGAAAACAUGGCGACGAGAAGAUUAGCGAUGGACAAUCAACUAAUGAAAGCAAAAGCAAGCAUUCGUCGCGCAAGUUUGGUGGCCUUUUCUCGCCGGGAAAAAAGAAAGAGAAACAUUCGCAUUCAAAUAAGAGCAAGUAACUUUUUUGUUGUCUUAGCUUCUCUUGAAGCCAUUCAUGGGAUCGAUUUUAGUACAUCAUUAUUGAUAGUAACAUUGUAUCCCAAAAUCUGAAUGAGACUUAUGUGUUAAUCUCACAUUUUCUUUAUCAAGUUCAGUUGGAAUUUCGCAUCAUGAGUUGAAGUCAUAUUCUUCUAGUAUUGGCGUCAUUUUUCGUAUCAUAUUGGUGUGUACUCUCCUUGAGAAGGUGCCUGCAUACAAUUCACUUGAUGAAAUCAAAGUCAAAAUGAUGGAACGACUGUUCUUUAAUUAGCUUUGACAUAAUGCCAAGCUCGGUACAAUUUUAACUAGAUCAUAGUGUUCACCUUUUUGUUCAUUCCUAUUUUAUCUGACGAGAACUGCUGUUAGGAUCGUCAAAUAUCUCGCAUAUGGUCACAAACCUUGACUUGAUACAUUUGGUUUUAGUUUACGCUCUUUAGCAUGUAUAAUAGGGAGCUUUAGCAACGACGACGGCGACGGCAACGAGAACGGCAGAAAACAAUAGGCUUAAUGAGCAAAAACA